AUGUCUUCGAUUAAGAAUUCAACUUCCAUGGACGUCAAUAAAAUCUCAAAUUCCUUUAGAAAUAAAGAGAAUUCUAUUGCAGAAAAAAAUAGUGAACAGAAAGUGAACAAAAUAAAAUCAGAACUACAUCAAGAUUUAUUUUGGACGUUCAGAAUAUUGAUAGUGUUCUUCAAGCUGAUUGGUCUCGCUACAUUCGCCCAUCAAAUCGUCAUAUACGAAAAGAGAAUGUCAUACACAUUUCAAUAUUCCAAAUUAGGAAUCGUUUAUAAUAUUAUACUGAGUAGUUUAAUGAUAGCAUCGAACUAUAUGUCUAUACCAUUGAGACUUAAUUGGAACUACAAGAUCAAGACGAAUUUGUCUGUAUGCAUCGCGGUUCUACAAACCGUACUUGGUGCCCUGAUGAUCUGCGUGACUUUGAUUAGCUACUGCAUCAACCAGAAGUCCUUGGUGCGGAUCGCCAAUCGAUUAAUCACCAUCGAGCACGAGAUAGAUCGUUUGUAUGAUCUAUAUUAUCCGCUACAACGACAGCGUAUCUUCUACACUAUAAUCAUCGUUUGCAUCUUGAAGAUUUGCCUGCUGAUACUUCUUCUGUUCACUGAGAUCUUUACCAUACAUACAGGCCCAGUCUCAUGGUUAACAGAUGUUUUGCCAACAUUUCACGUGGGUUGGCUAUUGAUACAGUACUUCCUUUUGGUGACGGUCAUUCAGACAGAUUUCGCUGAUGUGAAUCGAGCGAUACAAAGUCUCAUCAGAAUCAAUACAUCUGAUCUUCAACUGCAAUCUCUCUAUCGAACACGUAUCAUAGUCAACAAUUCGACCAUUCAUCAACGGUUGCAAUUGCGAGAUGUGCAUUGCCAUCUCUGUAAAAUCUCUGAGGAUGCGUCGAGUUUCUAUUCACUACCACUAUUAUUCGGCAUUGUUUUUUUCUUUCUGACACUCAUAUAUAAUGGCUACUAUUUCCUCUCGUUUCUGUUGACUGAUGAUAUCUUAAAUUAUUCUUAUAAUAUUAUUGAUGUCAUCAUGAAGAAAACGGGUAAUAUAGUGCAUGAUCUUUUAAACUGUGCAAUCGGGAAAGAGAUAAAAGCAGAGCUCAAGAAAUUUUCGCUUCAGUUGCUACAUCGCAAAAUACAGUUUACAGCUAACGGAUAUUUUAUGCUCGAUAAUACUUUUCUUCAUUCGCUAAUUGGCACAGUGGUGACAUAUUUGGUAAUACUUAUGCAAUUUCAAAUGGGAAGCUCACAUUCAUCAAUCAGACAGCAAUGUAACUAUACAGAGAGGGAUUUAAAACAAGAAGUGGAAUAA